CUUUUAAUGUCACAGUGAAAUAUAUUUUCACUUUAAGGAAAAGUCGGCUACAGCUAGUGUCGGAAUAUUUUCAUAUAUUUUGCUAAGAAAUAUUAUAUCAGUGCAGUUAAGAUACAACUAAGUGCUGCGAAAUGGGUGGUCACGACAACUGGAACAACGGUCAACAUGAAGAUGACGAUGAAUUCCCUCAGGACUCCAUCACCGAGCCGGAGCAUAUGCGCAAACUGUUUAUCGGUGGCCUGGAUUACCGCACCACCGACGAGAACCUGAAGGCGCACUUCGAGAAAUGGGGCAACAUCGUGGACGUGGUGGUCAUGAAGGAUCCGCGCACAAAGCGAUCCCGUGGCUUCGGGUUCAUCACCUAUUCCCACUCGAGCAUGAUUGAUGAGGCGCAAAAGUCGCGUCCUCACAAGAUCGACGGUCGAGUGGUGGAGCCCAAGCGGGCUGUUCCCCGCCAGGACAUCGAUUCCCCGAACGCCGGUGCCACCGUAAAGAAACUGUUUGUGGGCGCCCUCAAGGACGACCAUGAUGAGCAGUGCAUCCGGGACUACUUCCAGCACUUCGGCAACAUCGUCGACAUCAACAUCGUCAUGGACAAGGAGACUGGCAAGAAGCGUGGAUUCGCCUUCGUCGAGUUCGACGACUACGAUCCCGUGGACAAAGUUGUGUUGCAAAAGCAACAUCAGCUGAACGGCAAAAUGGUGGACGUGAAGAAGGCACUGCCCAAGCAAAAUGACCAGCAGGGCGGUGGUGGUGGACGAGGUGGUCCGGGAGGUCGAGCCGGUGGAAACCGCGGAAACAUGGGCGGUGGCAACUACGGCAACCAGAAUGGCGGGAACUGGAACAACGGUGGCAAUAACUGGGGCAACAACCGCGGGGGUAACGACAACUGGGGCAACAACGGUUUCGGUGGCGGCGGCGGCGGCUAUGGCGGUGGCAACAACAGCUGGGGCAAUAACAAUCCGUGGGACAAUGGCAAUGGAGGCGGCAACUUUGGUGGCGGCGGCAACAACUGGAACAAUGGUGGCAAUGAUUUUGGAGGCUACCAGCAGAACUAUGGCGGCGGCCCACAGCGAGGUGGUGGCAACUUCAACAACAACCGCAUGCAACCCUACCAAGGAGGUGGUGGAUUCAAAGCAGGCGGUGGCAAUCAAGGCAACUAUGGCGGCAACAAUCAGGGCUUCAAUAACGGUGGCAACAACCGAAGAUAUUGAGAGAGAUUCCAGACGAGGUGAUAAAGUAAGAGUCGCUCAGUAUAAGCCCAAAAUUCAAAGUCAAGUAAACGAUACGCAAUUCAAUGAUCAAUAUGAACAAGUAUGAACGCACGUUCAUAGACCUAAGAAGUUUUCCGAGCACCACAAACCAAACAUUACAGAAGAGAGGAGAGCAGAUUGAUUGAUCAGGAACAGUGCAGUGCAGUGCAGUGAAGUCGUAAGGAGUUUGGUUCAGUCUUGGAUUAGAACAGAAAGAGAGAUCAGUACCAAGCCAGACCAGACCAGUACCCAGUACAGUGCAGUGCAGAGCAGUGUGUGAGCUAAUCAGAAGAAACACAGCAAGUGGCAGUACACGAACACAGCAGCUGGCCAGGAUUCCGUUCGAUUUGUCUUUGCACACGGUGAUUGAUUGAUUAUUAAGAUUCGCAUCGAAAACUAUCCAAUACCCAUAGAAUUGUAAUCUAUAAUUUCACAUUGUAGCAACCAAGUUAAGUAACAUUGUAAUUAGAGCAACAAAGCCGACGACAGGCCAAACAUUUGUAUCUCCACCACACAAGUAACGCAACCCUAUUUAAAACCAGUCAUAAAUGAAUCAGCUAUGUAAAACUUCAAGGCGGCAGCCGAGAGAUAUGUUUAUUUGUAUGUAGACAGCUCCUCCAGUCCACCGGCUGCUGGCAACUUUUGAUAAUCAGAGCAGAAAACACAAAAUAUAUGAAAACAUGUAUUACAUUUUACAACUUUACUAGGCUAAGUUCUCAUAGAAUUAAAUCGAGUAGAGCGUGCGGGGCGACUUCUGCAUCCAUCCGCACGCUGCCCUAGACUUAAUAAUUUUACUAUUCAAGUUCUAAGCGAACCCCUGACCGUGUGUGGGUGGAGGAACCUAGAUCUAGAUACUUAGAUUUUUGAAUAAGUGUCGACAUGGAUAUAACCUCUUCCGCUGUUUAGAUGUAACCGAUCAACAAACCACAACACUUAAUGUAAUUUAUACCUUUUAGCAAGCAGUCUGUCUGAGGAGUCAGCGCAAUUAUACUUAACAAAAUUUACAUUUUAAUGUAGCUAAAAAAUACAAGAUGCAAAAAUACACAAGUGUCCAGCAAUUGAUGUAAACUGAUGUCGAAAGAACAAAAACUAUAUAGCUAAGUCAAA